GAGAACACAGGCUUUCAAAUACCCUGUCUGUGCUUGGUAUAUUAGGCAGCCCGUGCUCUUGGCUGGGAGCCCAGACAAGGCUUUUGUAAUCAAAACAUGAUCUUGUAUGCUGUGCAACCAGUGCUGAGAAAGGCCGUCUGAUGGCUCUCCUCUUUUAGCUCUGCUUUGGAAUCCACCAGCCUUCAACGCCCAAGUCCAAAAUGCAGCGAUCUGCUACUACGGUGGAUGAUGCUGUGCUGCGGAAGAAAGAGCAGAAAGAUGUUGAGCUGGAUAAAAAGAUCCUGGCUUUGAGGAAGAAGAACGAAGCUCUCAUACGAAGAUACCAGGAAAUAGAAGAGGACAGAAAACGAGCGGAGCAGGAGGGGAUGGCUGUCACCUCAAGGAGACCCAAGCAGGAUGGUCUGACUAUUACUAUCACCAAGGCCCACAAUGAGAAAAGGGUGGUGAGUGAGAAAUGGGGAAGCAGCUGCCCCACCAGCCCCGGGUUCGGAGUCAGCAGUGAGGCAGAAGAUGAGGAGGAAGCAGAUCAUAUGUUUACAUUCAGGAUGGGGAAGAGGAUGCAGCUGGCUGUUACUAUGGACAACAAACCCAAGGGGAAGCGAAUUGUCAGUGAGAAACGGAGUUCAGAUGACUUUCUGAGCCAAGGUGGGGACCUAGAUCUGAGUGAGGAAGAAGUGGACCAUCUGGUAGCUUUCCACAAAGGGAGACGGAUGCAGAUUGCCAUCACCAUGGACAACAAGGAAAAAGGGGAUGAAAGGAGAACAGUGGAGAGGAGGCGAUCAGACGCGGAGAGUGAGCACAACAUAAAGGAGGGAGGGAAACCUCUCCAGAAGAGCUCAGGAGACCUGGGUUUCACUAUGACCGGAAGGGAACGCUCAGAAUAUGUGCGAUGGAAGAAAGAACGAGAUCAGAUUGACCUGGAGAGGCUAGCACGCCACAAGAAUGCAAAGGGCGAAUGGCGACGGGCUUGGGAUGUAGAAAAGUCAGAGCACAUGUUUGAGGAGGAUUUUACUAAGGGUGGGGAGCCAGUCUUGGAUAAUCUCAUCAGUAAGAAAGGGGGAAGAAAUGCCAGGAAAUUCCAGCACAGGUCCUUUCCUUCUGAAGGGAGAGGUGGAGGACAAACUACUACAAACACGAGUGAGCCUGCUUCCAGAACAGUACCGGUUGUGAGCAGUAAAGCCAGAGGAAAGGACAGACUGACUGGCAGAGCCAGAAGAUGGGAUGCAAAGGAAGGUGAGGACAUGCCCUUUCUAAAGGAUGACCAUGAUAACCAGAGAUCCACCAGCACUGACACACUGAAAAGCAAAUUUCCAGCUGGCAGAGAGAUGACAGAAAAUUGCACAGAACUUCAGGAAGAGAACAUGGAACAGCAAAGGUCUCAAGACCCUGGUUUCUUCUCAUCACAAGGGGAGAAAGGUGGGACGGUUCUGCCUGCAGAGGACAAUCAGAGGGAGAAACAGCAGGCAGGAAAGUGCCUCAGCAAGGAAGUGGAGGUGUCCAGUAUGUGUGACUCAGAGCCAGAGUCCAAGCUAAGUCAAGAAGAAGUUCUGGAAGUGAACAUAGGGAAGCCUGGCACUGCCAGUCUCUCCCAGCAGGGCGGCUGCAUGAACAGCAGCACUUCCCAAAGCAUCACUACAAGCACAGCUGGCCCUGACAGUAUGGGGAGCACCUCCCCUCCCCCAGAAAAUGGCUUAGAGAAAAAAGCUCUGCCAGAAAAAGAACACAUCGAAGACUCUUCAGAAAGCCUCAAUGGAAAGCUGGAAAAGGCAGCAUGUGGCAGAUGUGAUAGAGCCAAAGGACUAUCACUGAGGAGAGUGGAAGAGGUGACCCAGCACAGUGGUUCUGAGGGGAAAAAAUUCACAAUGAAAGGAGACGAGGUAGCCACAUGCCUUGAACACAGAGGGGAUCCUGCAUCCUCGAAGAAAGACAUCUCAGACAAGAUUGGGGUCUCUCAGCAGGAUGGGGCAAAAGCACAGAACAGGAAAGAUGACCAGCCUGAAAAGUGCAGUUACAGGAACAGUGGGGACAAUCAAAACUCAAGGAGAAUGCACUGGAUUGCAAGAGACUGAAGGACAAAGUGCUAAGGGGUAGUUGAUGAGAAAGGAAGAUGAGCACAAUCUUCUCACUCUUACAGCUUUCAAUACCAGACCUUCACCAUUCAUUAUCCAAUGUCAACAUUCACCACAAAUGAGAUCUCACUAGUCUGUAGCCAUUCACCUCCCUGAAACUGAGUGCUCAAAAUUUUGUCAUCACCUCUCAGCACCUGUCUCUAUGCCAAAUGACAGAGAAAUCUAUAAAUCAAGUCUCCAGAGGGAAGAGAAGAAACACUGUCACCUUUAUUUCAUAUUGAAUUUUUCUUACAUUGUGAGUGUGGGGCAAGCCAUGACUUGUAUACUGUAUGCACUUUAUUUUAUUUAAUAACCAAUUCUAUUUAAAACUGAGGUUUGGUGUUCAACUCCCUUCUCCAACUUAAGGGCUUACAGGCCACUGCACCCUCCAGGAAAGGGCAAUAGAAAUGUUCAAGGGUUUAUGGAAAGUGCUUAUAUUGUAGCUUUGUAGUUAGUUAAUGGGCAACAGAUAAAUUAGAAGGUAUGGGGUGGAGGGCUGUCUCCUCAUAACCAUUGGGUGACAGAAGAAAUGGGUUUUAUAGGUGGAUGGUAAAGUGUAGUUUUGUAGGUGGUUGAAAAAUUAGAGAUUAUACUAGAGCCUCAAAGUGGCUAUAGAAUUGACAGGGAUGCAAGGAUAUUGUCUCAUCUUGCAGACAAUGGAGCACAGAGGCGCCAGAGUGAUAAAGAAUUACAUUGUGGUUCAUGAAUAAUUUUGAAAGGCUCAGAAUAUCAUUGGUGUCACUGUAUUAAGGAGGUCACCACUUCCUCCUUUUGGCAUUAGCAAGCACAGGUGAUGGUAGACAGCACAUUAGCUCUGUGGAGAUUGGGCUUUCCUGAGUAAGAGGGUGGAUUGAGUGCCACUUGAAGGGACCCUGGCACAGUGCCAUUUCUGCUUCUUAAAAUCCACUAAUGAUGAGCACCUACAACAAAAUGCAUCAGGCAGAGAUUGGAGGGGCAUUCACAUGUAGUAAUCCUCCCCCUUUACCCAACGCACCAAGAACUUUUUGGUACACCUGAGAACAUUUGUGCAACUACUCCUGAGCUAGCUCAGAUUAAAGGUCCAGGCUUCUUCUGAGAUCCUUUCACUUUCCCAGCCACAUUCUCUGCUCUCUUAACCUUCUAAAGCCUUCUGCUUGCAUAAGACAGUAGUAAGCUUUCGUGGCAAACCACCACUUUGGCAGAUGCCCAUGAAAGCUUAUGCCCAAAUAUAUCUGUUAAUUUUUAAAGCGACACAGGACUCCUCACUGUUUUUGUGGAUACAGUCCUAACAGGGCUACCCUUUGAUACUUGUCAUAAGUAGGUAGUCACUCUCCAGGAAUCUGCCAUAUUAGGUUAUUUUAUUUAGCCUUAAAACAACAUACCUUUCUUAAGGAGGAAUUAAUCUUCAGUUAGAUAGAUGUCUAUCAGGGAUGGUCUAGAUGGUACUGGGUCCUGCCAUGAGGGCAGGGGACUCAACUUGAUGACCUCUCAAGGUCCCUUCCAGUUCUAGUGUUCUAUGAUUCUAGUAUAAAUCACAAUAGCUUCACCGAUUUCACUAGGAACAUACUGAAAAAAUCCAACUAAAAAAUAACCAAAUAAUGAUGGGAUGACAGCUUGAAAGAGAACACUCCUGUAAGUCAGAAGCCCAAAAAUGUGUAAAGUCCUAAUUUCCAAACGUGACCCAGACACACGAAGCAGUUUUAUCUUCUUCAUUGAAGGGAGAUGUAGACGUGCAUGUAGAUGUGUGCACAUGUCCACAGGAAUUUAUUUAGCUUCACUGAAAGAAACGUUGCUAUCUAAAAUGACAGACUGCUUUACUGAUGAGGUUGGUAUGAGUGCACUGGAAUACUGUUUUAAUAAAUUAACAGUUGCACAGCAGCACAUCCUGGUUUUCCUAGUAACUCAGCAAAUGUACCUAACUGGCUUUCACUCAAAAGGACGGGCAAUCUCUUCCAUGUGCCAAAUUUGUGAUAAUUCACCAACCCACCCCGAAGCUGUUAGCAAGAGAUGGAUCAGAAGAUGCACACAAAAUCAUGCUGUAUUAAAAACAUUUUUUUCUGCUGUCUAGGGCUAAAGUUACAGAUGAAGUUGACUAUAAAACUGCUUCAAUUCCUGGAAGCUGGUCUAGCUCAUUAAAGGCUGAAUUUCCAUGUCUCAGAUACUGGGUUGGAAGAGCAGCGGAGUUAAGGGAUCAGUAACUGGUUACAAAUUCAUUUAUAUCUAACAUUCUGACCAAAGUCCUAACCAGAUUGGAAUUUUAAAGUAAUUCUCACCAAACAGCUUUAUAAUUUGGUCACCCAUGUAAAAACACUAGUUUCAGUCCCAUUCCCAGAAAGUCUGCAGCCAAAACAGUCUCUUCUACCUAAAAGCUGUUCCUCCAAGUCAUCCAGGUCAGACUUCAAGGCACCAUGCAAAAGUUUUCACUGCCACAUGAUCCCAGUUCUACAGACAAAGAGAUAAGUUCAGUUUCAAUUGUGGUACACUUAGCACCUUUUGCUAAGAUAAAUUCAGUAUCAAGGAAAACUGCUGCUUAAUUCUCCCUCUUCUUCCCAAGCUCAAGUAAUUUAGCAUAAUAAGCCUUGUAAUGGACUUCAUGGAAGGUACUGUACAGAUGGUCCCUGCUAUUAAUGUUAAGUUUCCUUAAUUAAGGAUAGGCCUUGCAUACUGUUUGAAAACAGUUUGUUCCCAUUGUUAGAGAACCAUAACUACUAUUUAUUUCUUCUGUACAAGGGCUAGAUGUGGGUGAAGUUGAGGUGAUUGAAAUAUUUAAGUGUAGAGAUUAUUUUUGUUAAAUAAAAGUUGUGAGAAGGAAAAGACUAAGUUCCAUUUGUUAAUAUUUCUUCCACUUACAGAUGGUUGGGAAGAUCUUCAAUGAGUCAUAACCUUGGUCUUUUCUUCCAUGAGCAGCAGCAGAACUGGAUAGGAAUUUUAUGUAUUGCACUCAAUGUUAGUCUUCACUAGCCCACCCUAAAUUCAGUAGGAAUGUCAACCCCAUCCCAUUUAAUAACUCAACCUUAUUGUGAGCGACUUAUGAAUUUGGCCUAUGUCCACAAAGUAAGGUUGCCAGGUGUCCGGUUUUCUACCGGACAGUCUGGUAUUUGCACCAUCUAUCCAGUAGAAAAAUUCAGAAGAUACCAGACAUGUGCAAUGUCCGGUAUUUUCUGAAUUCCCAGCUGGAGGCCAGAUGGAAGCCUGGUGAGGGAGCAGGGCCUCAA